GUAUUUAUCGUCCAGUCAGAACUGAACACAGUGUAGUGAAGUCCUGAAGAAACGACAGGGACGGAGUGCUGAGAGCAUUAUACAUUUUCGAACAGUGUUUAAUGUGAAAAUUGGGUGGGGAAUUCGUUUUACAGGAUUGAACAGGAGUGACCAGUUUAUUGAGAAACUUUAAAUUGGACAUAUCGUUUGGAGCACGUGACUUGCGACAGUAGCCGUUGGGUGCUUGUUCCUUAUUCGUUAACCUUAGGCUUUUCCUUGGGUACGAAGAUCCGGCGUGAUCGGAAUCGAUCGGCUACAAAAAUGGCAGCUGAAGUGAAAACGCUCCUCCGGAAGCUCGACUUUCCAGCUGUCGUUCUUGAAGCGCUUGGUCAGCUACAGAAGAUUCUUGUGACACCCGUGACGCCUAUGGUAGUUGAGCUCUGCAAUGAGAUCCUCGAAGAAUUUGUAUUUCUCGAGAAACGCCGUAAAAAACUAACAGCGAUUCGCGAAUUGCAUCUACUAGACGUGAUGUGCACGUGCUUCCAGACAAUGUCCCAAGAGUCAGGUCGCAAUUUGUUCUUCGUUAUGUUUCCACCAAGCGAUCGGCAACUGCUCGAUCGGCGGAUGCCUAUCCUCUCCCGUUUUGUCUCACUAGCCGUCACGUUGAAUGUGGAUAUACUUUUGGACUGUGCAGCCUUUUGGAUUCAUGUGGCCGGCGUAAAUAGUGAUGUAUCAUCACAGUUAACGCGUCAGCUUCUUCGAGAGCUGUUCGACGGAACGGAAGUCGUACUCUCGCCAGUGGAACCUAACGGGUCAACUCAGCCUCUUAGCGCUGCACCAGUUGUAAGGCCAGCCGGAGUUCAGUUAGUUCACACGAGUCCGGCAUUCUGUGCUACGAUUGUUACGACAGCGACUUUCCUUUAUCCGACAUCGCUUCCACCCAGGCGUCUACUCUAUUUACUAUCGGCAUGGCUUGAUUUCAAUCUAUUUCUGGCAUUUGUACCACUUGAAAGUGUAAUGCCGACGGCGCACACGUUUGUGCCUGGUCUGGUUGCGUGGACCACUGUAGCUGGCUUAAGCCCCGAGACUUUAGCGGACAACGGCGUCAACGGAUUGUUUAACGCAGAUCGUCUGGAUAUUGGAAGCGAGUCUGACGCUGCAGUAGUUAACCGUCUUCAUCUUGCCCUUCUAAAAAUGAUUCUCAAAGCUCCACAGGGCACAUUACAGGCUGACCAUUUAGUGAAAUUGGCUCAUUCCCUUCAAACCCGUAUCGGGACCAACAGCCAUGUCAACAUUGCGGCAACGUGGCGGGUUGAACGUUUUGUACAAAUUAUUCAAGCAGCGCUAAGCUCACGUUGUGUUCAUGGCUCGCUUCGUAGUCUUCGGGGAGCUUUAUCACGUCUACCACCUACGCAACUUACCGGAAUCGUGCUCGAGACCAACAAAACAGUUCUGCUUGCGUGACCCGUAACUAACUGGUCUUACGGUAUGAACCGAUAACGCCCACUUUUUUGACCUGUUUUCGAGCUGCCUAUCGGCAACUUCGUUUUUGUCGCUGCGUUUUGAUUCGCAGUAUUGUGAAAUAUGCAGGCCAAUGACAGUGUGCUAUUUUGCCCAACAAUAGGCAAGCUGUAAAUUAGGCUGUUGUAGAAACAGAGGUCCGCUUUACACUGCAAUAACAAAUUUAUGCAUAAACUAAUUAUUUCACAAUGAUAAAGGUAUUUUCAGCAUAAUCCUUAAUGAUCUCUUAUUGUUAUUAUACGAUGCUUUAGAGUCAACAUUUUUUACGGAAACAGUAAUUAUGUGUGACAAUUUGAACUCAUCGGAAAAUAAACUAGAUGUAAAGAUGUUUUCAGCAAAUAGACGAUCAAUUAUAAGUCUGUAUAUUUGUACAUUGUGUAGAUAUAUUCGUUUGUGAUAAACAAAUGACAAAUAAUUCUACAUUUUAGCCAUGUGUCUUCACUAACAUACUCAAACGUGAAUGCAGGUAUUUCUGGUGGAAUUACAAUUUUUUUUCCAUGUCGUAUUUUUCAACUGCGCGUUAGAUGGUGCAUUACAUCCAACAUCAAAUGCAGUACAUCCAACAUCAAAUGACCGUAAUGGUGACUGUUAACGGCUUCUCGUCACAGUCUUUUAUAGAAACCGCAGAAUAGUUUUUCGUGUUCUAGUGCGCAUCUGCAUUGGUUCAAAUAUAUUUUCUGCUUUUAUGUUCGGGCAUGUUUUCGUCAACAAUAUUCCGACAAUUCUGGAAAGUUAAUCAUCAAUCGUUUAGUUACUACUCUAUUACGUGCUGACGAUGUGCGCUGUUUUACUCAGCUUAGUCGUGCGAUCUAUGUUGUACCAAACAAAAUUCACUUUGGGUUUUGUUAGGGGGCAUCGAUUUCGUAUAAUUUAUGUUUAGCUAGUAUUUGUAUUCACGCUCGUUUAAUUAAAGUAUAGGCAUCUUUUCCCCUUUUUUGUGUAUAGCCGCUGUAUUUUUUAAAAUCGAAUUCUAUAUAAAAUUAUAACGUGGGGUUCUAUGUCGGCCAUAAACAGUGUGUGACAAUGUUUAUAAAAAAUAUUUUGGUGAAACAGUCGAUCGACGAUUAUGUGUUGCAGUUAUUACGACAGCUGUGAAAAGUAUUCUUUGCGUAGUAACUACAAACGUCUUGUUGAUUGGGUCUUGGGAAAUUCAGUCCCUCUGCCGCUUCUAAACAGAAUGGCCACGUGGACAACCUUUGAUAGACCACUCAUUCACAGUUGCUUCUCCCCGAUCAAUAUUCGCUUAUUUUUUUAACGCUAUCAUUUUUAUUUCAUAAAUACAAAUCAAUUUAAACUAAUUCGGCAUACUAACUACCCACCUCGAAGCUAGAUCUGGAAUAUUAUAGAAUAUAUCACACAAAAAUGUAACUUUGCAAACAUGAGCUAAUUAACUUUGUGUACGUUAAUACGUAGAGAAUCAACAUUUAUAUUCUGAGUUAGACCUUUGUAUAAGCACAGAUCAGUUAUACUGUGCUUAAAAACCAUCUAUUUGCUUCCUUUUUUAAGCUCACGCAAGCAAACAAAAUGAUGGUUAUUAAAUAACUAGAAAUAUUAGCAAUAAAUCAAUCUACAUGAGCAUCAGCGCGGCUUCUAGACAUGCCUCGAUAAAGAUGUCCUUGUAUUGUUCUGCCAUUUCUUCCAGAAGUCGUCUUAUGUUCGCCGUCUGUUUGUUCCAUUACGCUGUAAAUAACACGACAACAAAGCAGUCUCUUCGUAGACAGUUGCCUAAUUACUCAGCGGCCACAACCUUAGUAGCAUUUCUUCCGAACCACUGGAAAAAACAGGCUGUUUGGCCACCUAGUUUGCCUUUACUCUUGCAUUCUGAUUUGGCCGUAUUCAGUCCACGUAUUCAGCUAGGUAAGGGAUUCGAGUCGGCGCAGUUACCAUGACAAUGGCACGAUACGUAAGUCGACUUACGCGAAUCAGCAGUCUAGACAGAUGUUCAUUAGGCAUAGGCAGCAGCAAUGGCACGAUUGGUAUAGAUGCUGUAUUAAUAGUUGCAGAACUACUAGGUAUUAUAUAUUUGAAUGAUUUGGAAUGGCGGUAGGACACGCCAACAGACAAGAAAUGGACAAGAGAAAGCUAGAUAGCAGUUACUGCUACGGCGAUAGAAUGGAGCCUUCGACAUUCUGCGUACGAAAUCGGCGCAGGAGGAUAAGUAGAGAUCUGCUAAUUUAAUAAGGGGUGAAACUGCAGGUCAUUUUCAACUGCGGAAGUACUGGUGUGCUCCCAACCGUAAGACAAGUUUUUGUCAGUUACGAUAAUUAUGCAUUAGAAUUUUUCAUAGUCAAAUUUCCUGUGCUUCAUGAUUUUCCUUUGCAACUAUUGCUCUGAUUUACCUAGACGGUGAAAGUAGAUAUUUAACAGCUACCUGCAU